CAUGUCAUCAUCACUUGCGUUAGAGAUAUCGAUCCUUUGUUGAAGGAUUUGAAUGAAAAGAAGCAAAGUUUUAGAAGAAAUGUUGUGUCUUUAGCAGCUGAGUUGAAGGAGGUUAGCGUUUGGCAUUCAGAGCAGUCUUUUGUUAAAGAGAGCCUAACAAGACAGGUUUGCAGAAACAAAGGUAAGAACAUGGAGGAAGAGAUUUGUAGAUUGCAGAAGGCAUUGGAGGAGAGGAGACAGCUUGAGGCUUCAGCUUCUAAUACUGAGAAGUACCUGAAGCAAUUGGAUGAUCUUCGAGUUCAGCUUUCAAGCACUCAAGCAACUGCAGAUGCAAGUGCUGCCUCAGCUCAAGCAGCUCAGCUUCAAUGUUCAGCAUUGGUUAAAGAAUUAGAUGAGAAGAAUAGCUCGUUAAAGGAACAUGAGGAUCGUGUAACUAGGCUAGGAGAACAAUUAGAUAAUUUGCAGAAGGAUCUUCAGGCAAGGGAAUCUUCCCAAAAGCAACUGAAAGAAGAAGUUUUGAGAAUUGAGCAUGAUAUUAUGCAAGCUGUCACCAAGGCUGGGGCAAACAAAGAUUGUGAACUGAGGAAGCUGUUGAACGAGGUUUCUCCAAAGAAUCUUGAGAAGAUCAAUAAACUUCUUGUUGUUAAGGAUGAAGAAAUAGCCAAACUGAGAGAUGAAAUAAGGAUUAUGUCCGCCCAUUGGAAGCUCAAAACUAAAGAACUGGAAUCACAGUUGGAGAAGCAGCGGCGAGCUGAUCAGGAACUGAAGAAGAGGGUGUUGAAGUUGGAGUUCUGCCUCCAGGAAGCUCGUGCGCAGACACGAAAGCUUCAAAGGAUGGGAGAGCGAAGGGACAGAGUGUUGAAAGAACUACGAGAACAGUUGGUGGGGAAACAACAAGGUGCACCGGUGGGUAUGGAGAAACAGAAUUUCUGGGAAACCUCUGGUUUUAAGAUAGUUGUUUCCAUGUCAAUGUUGAUCUUGGUGGUCUUCUCAAAGCGAUGAAACAUUAUGUAUUGUAGUUAUCCUUGUGUAUAAGGCCAUGGUGUAGCAACCUUAAGUCUAGUUUGUGAAGAGUUUAGGAAAAAGCUGUAGAGCCAUUUUGCUUGUAGAAAUGCUGCUUGGUUGUAGAGGGUCUUUUUCUUGCUUAGUGUCAAUGGAGAACAUUCCUUUUUUUUUUAUUCUCACAACUAGAAACAUUUGCAACACUUUCUCUGGUAUGUUGAACAUGUAGGUGUAGCAAUGGAGUCGUUACUACCACAGUACAGGUAUGAAACAAGGAAAAGAUCAAAUGACAGAAUUUUGUAAUGUGGAAGCCAACACUUGUAACAUUGGAUAGUAGAAGUUAUAGAUGAGGUGGAUGUAUCAUAUUAUUUAUAUGUUUUUCUUUGAUUAAAUUGU